AUGUCCGCAGUAGGCAUUUUAGCCGGUGCGGGACCAUCACAGGCAGGCCGGCACCAAAUGCCAUAUCUUUACCAGGCCUCGGGGGUUCUGGCGGAGCGCUGGCCGGCUGGGCUCCGGACCAUUUUGAGUCUGGUGGUGGGCACGCUGCAGAAAGCAGCGAACACUCGCAUAGCAACGCGCUGGCUUGACGACUAUUGGGGCAAGAGUUUCCCAGAGAAGCCCCAGAACCUGGCUGUCGAAGAGGUACGGGCCAUCUUGCUUCGUAUGUUGUUUGAUGGUUUUGCGCAGGGUGCGCAGCCCGCGGUGCAAGAGGCGCGACUGUUGUCUCAGGACUGGGGGAUACCUUUCGAGGAGGUGGCUUAUGACAAAGUCCAGGUGUGGCAUGGGGCUCGCGAUAAGAACGCGCCGCUGCAGAUGAUGCAGUGGAUGACUGAUCGUCUGCCGCACUCAGUGCUGAAAGUGUAUGAGAAUGACACGCACUUUACGAUGGAUCAGCACCUGGAGGCAGUUUUGUUGGCGCUGGUUCCAGAGAAAACCAAGGGUUAA